AAAAAAAUAAAAAAUGACCUCUAUAUCAAAUUCUAAGUUAUUUUUUUUAAUAGAAUCAUGUCUUUAUUCUAUCUUAGAAAAAAAUAAACUUAAGUCAUUAAAUCUUGAACCAUCAUUUGAAGAUGACAAGAUAAUUUAUGAAACAAUGAAGCUAAUUAAAGAUGAAAUUCAUGAGUUAGAGAUAAAGCAAAAGGAUUUGGAAGAAAAUAGAAAUAUGUCUACAGAGAUAUUAAAAUAUCGAGAAGUCUUUUUAAUUAAAUUACAAGAUUAUUAUAAGAAGCUAGAAGAGUUAUUAGAGUCAGGAGAUCCAAAUGGAUAUGAACUUAUCAUAGAAUUAAUAAAAGAACAAAGGGAAUAUAAGCAAAAGGAUGAAUUAGUUGAAACCUCAUCCUUCAAUUCUUUGGAAUUUGAAAAAUCUAUAGAAAAACCUAAAAUAGAAAAUACACAAAUACUGAAAACACAACACCAAAUUAUAAAAGAGCAAGAAGCAUCAUUAAAUAAUUUGUAUAAUUCUAUAUCUCUUCAAAAGGAACUAACAAUUCAAAUGGAAUCGGAAUUAGAAUUACAUGAUGAUUUACUUGAAGAAAUGGAAGUACUUAUAGAUAGGUCACAAAUAAAACUCGACAAAUCAGAAAAAAGGCUUGAGGGGUUUACUAAAGGCAUUAAGAAUAAUAGUGGAAUUUUUUGGAUUAUUAUGAUUUUUAUAGUGCUUAUAUUUUUAAUAAUAAUUAUAGGAUAA